UCUGAGUGACUAGCUCACGAAGGAUCCUUAGAAAGGUCCUCUGCUCUCCAAAAUAAUAUUUUAAAUAGUUUUGCGCUUCCUCACGUCUCGAUGAGGUCCCCGUUGGCUGCCGACAACAACGAUUUUUCUCCCAGAAGCAGUGCUGAGAGCGUUAUGAAUUGAAAACACCGCCAGGCACUGAUACUACAGUACAGUACAUGUAUAUCAUCGUUGUAGAUGCGCCAUAUGAUUGAUUAGAAGAAUCCCAAAAGCAACUGUUAAUGAUUGAAAGAAUCUCCACUAUACAACGGACGGACGCGAGAGACGAGAAGAAGAAUAAAUUUGUUGCAUUAUGGCGGAGCAUCCGCAAGAGACACCCAACCACAAUAGUGAGCCACAUCAGGAUGAGGAUUCGUCUUUGGUGAAUGAGGUUGUCGCGACGCCAUGCCAUAAUAAAAGCGGUGGACGGUCGCAUCCCUGGACACCGACACUCAGGGGUGCUUCACUGCUGAGUACUCUGCUGUUUCUCAGCUUGGCUCUUUCACAGGCCAAAAUCCAGACCGCUUCCUCUACGGCAUCCGAGGCUGCAGUUCAGCAAGCCAACCGACAGACUGCUCCAGUAGAUCCUCAACCAUCCCUCCAAAUCUCCAUGGAUGAUUUCAUUUCGAUUGGUGAUGACGAUGACGAUGAAAUCGACUUUGCCGAUUUGGGCGACGACUCUGACAGUCACUCGAGCAGCUCCAACAACAAUGACAAUGACAGCAGCAAUAAACGAAAAGAGUUGAUCAUUGUGGCAGCUGUAGAUGGUACCAUUGCCGCUGUGGAUAAGGAAACUGGAAAAGUCCUUUGGAAACAAAAUGGAGGAGGCUCCUCCAUUAUGGCUCAUCCGGACGAAACAGAACCACAAAACAUGAAAUUGCCGCGCCAUUCGACAAUUCACAAUCGAGAGGAAAAAUUGCUCCAACCUCUCGUCACCACCACGACAACCGCCAGUUCUUCCAAGAGAACAACCACUACCACUACUUCGACGGCGGCCAUUCCGUCCAUUGAUGGCAGUGUCUUUUUGACCACCACAGUAGAAGCUCCCAACGACACGUCCGUCACACGGACCGAUACAGCGUCGGUACGAGAGCUCGUCGAUCGGGCACCCUAUGUCGAUCCACACGGGAGAUUCUACGUGGGAUCGAGACAAACCACCGUUGCGGCACUCGAUGGAGACACGGGCGAAAUACUAUACGUUGCUUCGGCCGACGAUGAUGGAAUGAUGAUGAAGGACGAUCCUCAAUGGGAAGGACGAAACAUUAUCUGGAUCGGAAGAGUCGAUUACAAAGUUUCCGUCUAUAAUGCCAAAUCCAGCCACAAAGAAGUACAAUUCUCCGCUUCCGAAAUUCUAUCGGUCAAUGAUAUGGUCAUGGGAAGGAGCAAGGCAUUUCGACGACGACAACAACAACAAAAUGCCGUGGGGCUCAUUGGCGACAAGGAAACAUCGCCCUUUUCUGACCACGAUGACAAUGACGACGACGAGGAAUCCGCACUCGUGGCGACUCCCAGCGGAAAUCUUGCCUUUCGAAACCGAAACACGGAAACAGUCGAGUGGGUGGCCGAUUUGGCGUUUGACGCACCCAUUGCCUAUGCGAUUCAUUCGUCCUCGGGGCAAUCAAUGGAUGUGGACAUUAUUCCCGACGUUACAAACCCAGCCAAUUCCAAAGAGGAGUACCUUCGAAGUGAAAUUGAACGACAAAUUGAAUUGACUCUACUGCAACCGCUCGAUAAUAGCAAGCCAGGGAUCGAUGACCAGUCGUGUGAUUGUCAUGGAGCACUGGACAGAGGAGCCUCGAAUCCAUCCAUUGUAGGAGUGCUUCUGAAUGGACAAUUGUACUCCAUGCCGUUAGGGAGACCAACAUCUGUACUGCCAUCGCACGCGUCUUUGGCGACCACACGAACCCAAGCAGACCAUGUUCUGUUGGAUGUCACCGCUACUAGCAGCACUGGGGACAAUCAGCAAUCAGCGCACUCGAAUUCUGGGCGCGGCGAAGGCCGAGGGCUAGCCCGAUGGAUCCCACUCGGUGGUGGUCGAGGAUCACGACGAGAGGACGAGAAGCAGCUUCCCAUGAAUAGUGGCAAUUGCAGACCUUCUUCCGUGGCAUUUCCGGGAUGUUUGUUCAAAGCUGUGUCGCAAGGAACGUUUGGCUUUUUGCCGAGGAGGAAUAAACGCGGUAGCAGCAAUAACGAGAUUCCUGACGGUGCCCAUUCCGAAAGGCAGAAUGCACAAGACGUUGCGAUUGAAACGUACCAUGCUCCUAUCGAAUUUGGCUUUGCGGAGACUCCGAAUAAUCAGCACGAACACGACAACACGUCCCAGCAGCAGCGAAAGCGCAAACGAAACUAUCGCCUUUUGAAAAUCUUGGGAUCCUGGUUACCCCCAACCAUCGCAUUAAUCUUCGUUGUAUCGUUUGAGUUGGGACGUCGCAAGAGACAAAAGGAUAAUCUCGAACUCAAUGAGGGGGACGAAAUUGCCAAUUCUGCGAAUCAGAAAAAGGACGAGUCCAACGUAAUACAGAUCACAGAUCAGCUGUUGGGUCUCGGCUCCAAUGGAACUCAAGUUUUCCGUGGGACCCUGGACGGCCGUCUUGUUGCUGUCAAGCGUAUCCUCAAAACAUACGUUGCCAGUGCCGACAGAGAGAUUUCUUUGCUGAUUGAGAGUGAUGGGCAUCCCAAUGUCGUGCGAUACUUCUUGAAAGAAGUCAAGGGGGAUUUCGUGUACUUGGCUCUCGAGUUGUGUGACCUGUCCUUGAAUAGCUUGAUUGGCACGCUUGGCGCCAAGGUCCUCUCAGAAGGCGGGAGCGAAUCCUCGUAUUACAAAGAUGCCACGGACGCGACAAAACGCAUCUUGCAUCAAAUAGCAGCUGGUGUGAGGCACCUACAUUCCCUCAGAAUCGUUCACAACGAUCUGAAACCUGGCAACAUUUUGCUGGCAGCCUCCAAAGAGGCGAAAGCACCCGACUCCACUUCGAAUGAAUCAAUCUACAACAACUUCCAGUUGGGAUACUAUGUGGCUAAGAUAUCUGACAUGGGACUAGGAAAACAGUUGGUGGGUCAAAGUAGCUUUGGAGGGUGUCCGUCCUCGUUUCGCGGACAAUCAGGUCCUUUGGCGGCGAAUGGCAAUGUGGGAAUCGGGACAGUGGGUUGGCAGGCCCCGGAGGCAAUGAGACUUAAGUCAAGCGCCUCGGUUACUUCCGAUGCAAGCCAAUCUGGGGAUUCGUCCUCGCUUGGCAGGCCUGAAGGAAGCAGUGCAAGGGCGAGCCGUUCGGUGGACAUCUUUUCCCUCGGCUGCAUCUUUUACGCUACACUUGUCCCUGGUUCGCACCCUUUUGGCGAAUAUUAUGAACGUGAGGCCAACAUUGUCCACAACCGUCCUAGCAUUGAAGCCUUGAUGUCGCUGUCUGUCGAGGCCUACAAUUUGGUAUCCGCUAUGAUUCAAUACAACCCAAGGGUAAGACCUACCUCCGAGCAGGUCUUGCAACAUCCUUAUUUUUGGUCUCUACCACAGAGGUUAUCUUUCCUUGCGGAUCUUUCGGAUCGGUUAGAAACUGAUUCGGGAGCCUCGACAACGACGUCUGAGUUUGGGUUUGCUGUGAACCCACUUGCAAUUGAACGCAACGCCACCCAAGUAGUCGGCUUGGCUUGGGAUAGGGACUUGCUCAAGGGUCUUACAGAACAAAAGUACAGGACUUACGACCCUUGCAGCGUUCGUGACCUUCUCCGUCUUAUUCGAAACAAGAAAAACCACUUCCAGGACCUUGACUUGUCGGUUCGUCAGAAGAUCGGAUCGAGUACUGAUGGGCUGAUGAUAUACUUCGAGUCUUCUUUUCCACACUUGCUCAUGCACUGCUACAAGGUGUGCUGCGAGGUACUGCCAUCGGACGACCCUCUUGUGGAGAAAUACUUCCUGACGUCUGCAAACUACCGAAAGCCAAAGACAUACAGGGCUCCAAGUUACGCCCCGUCGAAAUCAAUUUCGCUGUCCGAAACGGUCGAGUGCGACGUCGUUGAAGACAAUCCUGCCAAAGAAGUCGUCAAUGGUACCGAGCACAAGACUGACGAAGGGGGAUCGUCGAAAGAUGAAGAUAUGGAGGCAUUGAACGCCGCGACAUUGAAUUCAACAUCGGACAGCAACGGUGCACUUGUGGACGAACAGGUUUCCAUUACCAAGAACGAAACAUCGAACGAGUUGAUGGAUGAGCCGGACGAGCAACCCUCCGCUUCCUCCGUGGACAUUUGCAGCCCCCUCGAGUCCGCAGAUUCCUCCGACGUUGCUGAAGAGAUUGUUGAAGAGCCGCCUCCAGUACCACCAGUCAAGCCCGAGCCCGCUCUCCAACAACCCAAUCUGCCUCUUGUGGACAUCAAUAUGAACAAUGACGUUAUCCUGUGGCAGGGGAGCACCGCCACCAAAGCGAUGAACUGCAGGGGAUGGAUGAGAGGCGACGAAGACUGGACUUGCCGUACCGACGGUACCAAGAAGCGAAACGCCGCCUUGUCGCGAUGUGCUCAAGACCCCAAGUUUCGGACGAGGCUUUGCAACCACUGGGAUAUGAGUUUUGGGACAAGCUGCCCCAUGCGAAGAAAGGGCAAGUGUGUCUUCGCGCACGGGCCAGUUGAGCUGAGAAUCAAAGAAGGAAAGAAGAACCGCUGGGGAAAGCUGGUGGACAAGAAUGGAAACAAUUCCAAUCCAAACAGUGCAGGAGGGGAAGACACGUACGGGGCUGCUCGCUCCAUUGAAAGUGUCAGAAAGGAUGAAGGCAAGUGGAACAACAGCAACAAUAAAUCAAAAGGUGGCGGCAAAAAACAAUCCUCGAGCAAAAAGAAACCAGCAAAGUCGUCUGGUGGGGGCAAAUCGUAGUGGCCAACCACCAGUGAUCACAAUCAUUGCAAAAAU